CCCCCUCCCCCCCACCCCACCCGCCGAGCUCCGCGGCCCGGGCUCUGCGCUCGGCGGCUCCGCUCCGCAGCGGCAGGGCCGGGGCUGGGGCUGGAGCCGGGGCUGGGGCUGGGGGGGGCUGAUCCCGGUGCCCCGCCCCGCACCACCCCGCACCGCCCCGGCAGCGGGAUGUGAGCGGAGGCUCCGCCGGUAGCUCCGUGCUGCUCCGCGCCCCCGGGAAGAUGCUGAGCAGGUGGAUGAGCGGCAGCAGCAGGAACCUGGACCGCGAGUACAACUGCACUGUGCGGCUGCUGGACGACAGCGAGUACACCUGCACCAUCCAGCUGUGGAUGACCCUAAUUUUGGCUGAGGAGCUUAGAAAAGCUAAGAACUCAAGAGAGAUGCCAAGGGCCAGUACCUCUUUGACCUUCUCUGCCACCACCUGAACCUGCUGGAGAAGGACUACUUUGGCAUUCGCUUUGUGGACCCCGACAAGCAAAGGCACUGGCUGGAGUUCACCAAGUCAGUGGUGAAGCAGAUGAGAGCCCAGCCUCCCUUCACCAUGUGCUUCCGUGUGAAGUUCUACCCCACCGACCCUGCUGCGCUGAAGGAGGAGAUCACCAGGUACUUGGUCUUCCUGCAGAUCAAACGGGAUCUCUACCACGGCCGUCUCCUCUGCAAGACAUCAGAUGCUGCUCUGCUGGCCGCCUACAUCCUUCAAGCUGAGAUUGGAGACUAUGACCCGGGGAAGCACCCAGAAGGCUACAGCUCCAAGUUCCAGUUCUUCCCCAAGCACUCGGAGAAGCUGGAGAGGAAAAUCGCAGAGAUCCACAAGUCUGAGCUGAGUGGACAGACUCCAGCUACUUCAGAGCUGAACUUCCUCAGGAAAGCCCAGACUCUGGAGACUUACGGGGUUGACCCACACCCCUGCAAGGACGUGUCGGGGAACGCCGCGUUCCUGGCCUUCACCCCCUUCGGCUUUGUGGUUCUGCAGGGAAACAAGAGAGUCCACUUCAUCAAAUGGAACGAGGUGACCAAGAUGAAGUUUGAGGGGAAGACCUUCUAUCUGUAUGUAAGUCAGAAAGAGGAGAAGAAAAUUGUCCUGACCUAUUUUGCCCCAACACCAGAAGCCUGCAAGCAUCUCUGGAAGUGUGGGAUAGAGAACCAGGCUUUCUACAAGCUGGAGAAGUCAAGUCAGGUGCGGACGGUGUCCAGCAGCAACUUGUUCUUCAAGGGCAGCCGGUUCCGAUACAGCGGCCGUGUUGCCAAGGAGGUGAUGGAGUCCAGCGCCAAGAUCAAGAGGGAACCCCCCGAGAUUCACCGGGCUGGGCUGGUGCCGAGCAGGAGCUGCCCCUCCAUCACCCACGGCCCGCGGCUGAGCAGCGUGCCCCGCACCCGCAGGAGAGCUGUGCACAUCUCCAUCAUGGAAGGCCUGGAGUCCCUCCGUGACAGCGCCCACUCCACGCCGGUGCGCUCAGCCUCCCACGGCGACGCCUUCGUGGCCCCCGGGCGCAGCGGGCGCGUCGAGAGCAGCGAGCGUGUGGCGGUGAUCGCGGACGAGAACUACAGCCCGGCGGACAGCGUGCUGCCCACGCCGGUGGCCGAGCACAGCUUGGAGCUGAUGCUGCUCUCACGGCAGGCCAACGGGGCCCCGUGCAGCAUCGAGGAGGAGAAGGAGUCGGAAGCCGGCACGCCGGCGGCGGCCGAAGCGGAGGAGGCGGGCGGCGAGCUGCGGGCCCUGUGCCCCGGCGCCGGCAGCCUGGCGCAGGCGGAACAGGUGAAUAAGUUUGUUUUAAGUGUCCUCCGUUUGCUCCUUGUGACAGUUGGACUCCUCUUUGUUUUGCUCCUCCUCCUCAUCGUCCUUACCGAGUCCGACCUUGACACUGCCUUUUUCCGCGAUAUCCGCCAGACCCCCGAGUUCGAGCAGUUCCAUUACCAAUACUUUUGUCCCCUCAGGCGAUGGUUUGCCUGCAAAGUCCGCGCCGUGGUAAAUCUGCUCAUUGACACCUGAAGGCAGGAGCCGCCACCUAACUAACGGCGGGGGCCCCGGGACAGGACCUGCCGCCACCCCCCGCAGCGCCGCCUUUGGCACCCACACACUCAAACCCUCCCUUCCCGACCCAGAGCACGGCCCAGGAGGCGGCUUCUUCCCGGGAGGAAGAGGAGGGUGUGGGUGCAGCCUCCUCCUCCCCGCGCUCAGCCGCCCGGAGCCCCGCAGGACUCCUGCGGCCAGUUCGGAUUCCCACCGCCGCCCACACGCCUCCGGCAGCACCGAGCACACGGAGCAGUUUGGUUUUCCCGGGAGCUCACGGCCCUCUGCCAACCAGGAGCUUGAGCAAUGGUGCUACUGAGGAUUAAUUCCAACACUCGUGGACUCUUUUCCUUCUGCAAUCCACCACUGGAUGAGGCCUUGAGCAACCUGGUCUAGUGGGAGGUGUCCCUGCCCGUGGCAGGGGGUUGGAGCUAGAUGAUCUUUAAGGUCCCUUCCAGCCCAAACCAUUCUAUGAUUCACUGUGCACACCACCACCACCUCCCACCUCCCGCUUGGCAGAAGCCCUCCUGGAGCCUCCAACGAGCCAGGAGGGGACACUCUGGGUCCAUCCUGCUCCCAACCAGCUCCCCAUGGCACGGCCUCACCUGGCACACAGAGCCCUCCUUGCCCCACGCUGCAGAUCUGGCCUUUUCCUCAUCUUUUUUUUCCCCCCCCCUAAGCCUUGAAGCGUGGUUGGUGCUCCCCAGGGCGGGGAGAGCACGGGCAGGAGGAGCAUGCUGGGCACCCUCGGCCAAGCCAGGGCAGGCAGGCAGCCGCUUGUGACCAUGUGGGAUUUCCUGAGGAAGAACCUUUAGCCUCCAGGAGCUG